AUGCCAGCGACUGUUCCGGUAGUGAGCCGAAGGAAGAUUUGGAUAAUUCGCAAUCAGGUAAAGUCCGACUCUUAUCAAAUAGUUAUUAUUUCAUCGAGAAAUGAAACCAGUCAUGAUAAUCUGGUGCCGGAAAGAACAACGCAUGAUCAUAGCGUUUUAGAACAUGUUGAACACUUGGCACAUCAAACUCUUAACGAGAAAAGAGAUAAUCAAUCAAAGGAAGGAUUUUAUAUGACAACGAGUAUGUCCUUAAAUGAACGUGCCGAACAAAUAUUAAACACAACGGCUUGCGAACAGUACAUGAUGUGUGACAAACGGCAAAUAUUACGGGCAUCUAUGUUAGUUGGCUGUCCACGUUUCGCUCUUCGUAACAAAGAAAAAAAUCCAUUGCAGUUGUGCGAAAAACAUUUGGAACUGCCGAAUGACGCUGUUGAAAAUGGAAUUUUAUUUGAACGUUAUGAUGAUACGAUUGGUGAUGAAUGUAACAAUAAAAGAAAUGAAUUGAAUGAUCAUGCUGAACGUGGUGCGUCGUAUGGUACCUUAGUAUCCUUUCAUAACAUGUAUGAUAACGCGUGCAGUAUUCAGUUGUACAUGCAAAGUCGUUACGAUUCGGAUUAA